UUUAACCCCGGAUCUAUAUUGGUCUGGAGUUGACGUUAGGUACCGCGCUUCGUUACUUAAGUAGUGCUCCCAAGUCGUUGAAGAAAUGGUCAGGGCAACAUCGAAGUACCGGUGUGUGCCUACACCUCCCUCGACCAAGGAGCAACUGCAAGGCAUCUAUAUGCAGCACGUAUCGUAUCUCAAAUCUCACAUGCAUCCUUGGCUUGCACUGCCUGAAGAUGAGUAAGAUCUGGUCAUGUGACAGAUUACUUUUGGAAGCGGGGCCAAGUUCUACCUCACGUUGGGUUGCAGCCUGACAAUAAACAAAUUGUCUUCACCAUACCUUGAAGGAACAUGAUUGUUUAGGCUAUUGCUUCAUGACACAUUCGCCGAUGGAAUGCACACCUAGUUGUGACACACAUAUGUCCAUGGAAACGACGUUUCUUUGCUCUGUUUGCAAGCAGGCAGCGUUAGGAGACUGCUUCAUCUGCUCAAAGUUGUGGAACUUAAGUGAGUUUCACAGGAAAGGAUGGGAGUUGUCAGACUCCCAAUCAUGGCGGCCAUUGUCGUUCAGGGUCGACAAGGAAUAUUAUGAGGGUAAACUCCACCAGAUCAGAGUGAUGGUCCUGUAUCGAGACCCCACGCGAAUCCACGGCGAAAGCAUUACAGACUUACGAUUCAGGUUGAUUCCUUCAUCUGAGAGCGAGUACUUGGAGCUUUUCUCGUUCGACAAGAUUGACGAAAGCACUGGCUCCCCAGAAACUCUCGAUUUAGCUCAUUCUUGGUUUCAAGCGUGUUUACAUGGCCAUGAUCAAUGCAAGCGCCUACCUACCUCGGCCAUCAACUGGCUGCCAACUCGCCUUGUCGACAUAGGUUCCAAGGGAGAGACAAGCUGGAGACUUGUUGUCACCUCAGAAGAUCCAGAAAUAAAGCACUGUCAACCGCUCCCUCAGUAUAUAACCUUGAGCUACCGCUGGGGCACCGAACCUCAAAAGGUGCUUUUGUCAUUGCACAACCUGGAAUCACUGGGUCGCGGAAGUCUCAUUGUGCAACUACCACAGACAUUUCAGGACUUAAUUGUAGUCGCACAUCAUCUCGGUAUUCGAUAUGUCUGGAUAGACUGUCUAUGCAUAAUUCAAAACUCCCGGAGUGACUGGGAAAAGGAAGCGCUCACGAUGAGAGAUGUAUACACUAAUGCAGCUUGUAACGUUGCAGCAUCUGCUUCGAGUAGCCCUGCUGGUGGACUAUUCCGAUCUCGUGCCACAAAGGACAUUCGGCCGGGCAUUAUAACGUCAAACAUCAGUUCCCAAGAACCCAGGGAGUUUUACAUGUUUGAUAAAGGAUAUUGGGACCGCCACCUUCUGCAAGGUACUCUGCACACCAGAGGAUGGGUGUUGUUGUUGUUGUUGUUGUUGUUGUUGUUGUUGUUGUAUUUAACGCCGUGGCGGCCGGGCUAGAGCCCUUACCGCAGACCUCCCGAAGGGUAUAUGGCGUGGAGGGCCGUGAG